CUCCGUUCUGUGUCUCACAGACUGGCACCGUGAAAGGAUGGGCUGGAGGAAAAAACCGCAACUCCUAAGAGAUUGAAAUGAGACCCAGGAACUAACCAAUUAUGUCUGAAACUCAAGUGGAGAAAGAUGCCUCAUCGUGUAGGAACUGCUCAUCUGAAAUGGAGCUGAACGGAACACAGGAGCCGUCUGGGAACCCUUCUGCAGAUUACGAUGAGGAAGAAUUUCUGCGAUACCUUUGGCAAGAGUAUUUGCACCCUAAAGAAUAUGAAUGGGCUCUGAUUGCUGGAUAUAUUAUUGUUUUUCUUGUGGCUCUUGUAGGUAACAUCCUUGUUUGUGUUGCAGUGUGGAAAAACCAUCACAUGAGAACAGUUACCAAUUACUUCAUAGUAAACCUCUCCCUGGCUGACAUCCUUGUCAUCAUCACUUGUCUUCCAGCAACUUUAGUGGUGGAUAUCACAGAGACCUGGUUCCUCGGCAACAGCCUCUGCAAGGUGAUCCCUUAUUUGCAGACCGUGUCAGUGUCAGUUUCUGUAUUAACUCUCAGCUGCAUUGCUCUGGAUCGGUGGUAUGCCAUUUGUCACCCUCUGAUGUUUAAAAGCACAGCCAAGCGGGCCAGGAACAGCAUUGUCGUUAUCUGGAUGGUGUCCUGCGUUAUCAUGAUUCCCCAGGCGAUCGUCAUGGAGUGCAGCAGCAUGUUCCCAGGACUGGCCAACAAGACCAUCUUAUUCACCGUUUGCGAUGAACGGUGGGGGGCUGAAGUCUACCCCAAAAUGUAUCAUACGUGUUUUUUCUUGAUUACAUAUAUGGCCCCACUGUGUCUUAUGGUAUUGGCCUAUUUGCAGAUAUUUCAAAAGCUGUGGUGCCGACAGAUUCCAGGAACGUCAUCUGUGGUUCAGAGAAACCGGAAGCCUGUGCAAUGUGCAGCACAGACCCGAGGGCCGAGGCCAUCAGCAACUUUAAGGAUUAGUGCCGUGGCAGCUGAAAUCAAACAGAUUCAAACUAGGAGGAAAACAGCACGUAUGCUUAUGGUCGUUCUCCUGGUUUUUGCCCUCUGUUAUCUCCCAAUUAGCAUUCUCAAUAUAUUAAAAAGGGUAUUUGGUUUGUUCAACAGCGCUGCUGACAGAGAAACUGUAUAUGCCUGGUUUACAUUCUCCCACUGGCUUGUAUAUGCAAAUAGUGCAGCAAACCCAAUUAUUUAUAACUUUCUUAGUGGGAAGUUCAGAGAAGAAUUCAAAAUGGCCUUUUCUUGCUGCUGCUUUGGUCUCCGUCACCAUCAGAACGACCAACUCAGAGGACGGACAAGCACAGAAAGUCGGAAAUCCUUGACCACUCAGAUGAGCCAUUUUAAUCAUGCUACCAAAUUCUCCGAACACGUUGCACUGGCCAACAUAAGUGCACUGCCAACCAAUGACACUGGGCCUCUUCAGGACUGGUAGCAAGCUGCCUUUCAUGCCGUUCAACGUCUUUGUAAAUUUAAGACCUGUUCAUCCAGUUGUCCAAACCAGUGCACCUCAGACUAAAAUGGAAAGUCAGACUGGGAACUCUCCAAAAGCCACAUCGGCAGACAAUGCCUGUUUUCUAAAAGAAGUCACAGUUUUAUUUGGAAGCAUAUGUGAUUUUCAUAGUAUUUGCUUUUCAGCUAUGAAAA